CGGGCUCAACUGCUUCUUGUCUCUGGACAGGAAAAUGAUGGACUCUGGACAGAUCGAUUUUUACCAGCAUGACAAAGUUUGCUCCAAUACCUGCAGGAGCACCAAGUUCGACCUCCUCAUCAGCAGCGCGAGAGCCCCCGUGCCAGGCCAGCAGACAAGUGUGGUGCAGACCCCCACCUCGGCCGAUGGUAGGGGGUAACAUCACACAGAUUGCCAUCUCAGAGGAGAGCAUGGAAGAGGCUGGGCUGGAGUGGAAUUCGGCUCUCACUGCCGCUGUCACCAUGGCCACAGAGGAGGGCAUCAAAAAAGAAUCGGAAGAAAUUUCAGAGGACACUUUGAUGUUCUGGAAAGGAAUCGCUGAUGUGGGGUUGAUGGAGGAGGUCGUCUGUAAUAUCCAGAAGGAGAUAGAAGAGCUGCUCAGGGGCGUGCAGCAGCGGCUCCUCCAGGCUCCCUUCCAGGUCACAGAUGCUGCUGUUCUAAACAAUGUGGCACAUACAUUUGGCCUAAUGGACACAGUCAAGAGAGUUUUGGACAACAGACGGAAGCAAGUGGAGCAGGGAGAGGGCCAGUUUCUCUACACCCUGGCAGGUACGUGGGCAUGUGCUUGUCUUGCGUGCUGUUGGAGGGUUGAUGUGUCACUAGGUAUUCUAAUAAUCUCGGGAAGUUGGUGGCAGGAGACACCAUCAGCUUUCCUUUUAUUUCAUUGUUGAGAGGGCUCUUUUAGCUAACUAUAGAUUUUGUACAUUUUCCAUUGUUUGUCAUAGUCAUAAACUAGGCUGGCUGAGUUGGUAAAAUGUUGCCCCUGUACGCAUGAGGACUUUAUAUUUGAAUCCCCAAUACAAACAUGAAAAAUUCAGGUUCAGGUCAUGCAUCUGCAGUCCCAGUAUUGGGGAAAAGAAAACAGGUGGAUGCCUGGAACUCAUUGGCUGGCCAGCCUAGCCAAAUUGAGGAGUUCCAGGUUCAGUGAGAGACCCUGUCUCAAACAAUAAGGUAGAGAAUCACCAAGGAAAACAUCUAGUACCCACACACAUGGGUACACCCCUACACAAACACAUCCCUACACCACAAACAAUAAAUCCGUAAACAAAGCAGUCAGAAGCUAUGAGCACCUAGGUCUUUUAAUGCAGC